AUGAAUCAGCCUACUUUUUGUGCACAGUGCUUCCAAAGAGUCUACGCGGCGGAAGAAGUUCAGCGUUUUGGUCUUCAUUUCCACCGACGUUGUUUUCGAUGCUGUAUUAUUUAUUUUUGGAAAGGAUUUUCUCAAAUUUUUAUAGCAAACCAAAGCUGCGGACGACCUCUUGAUAGUAGAAACAGUUGCGAACACAGCAAAAAAGUAGGAUGAAUACGAACUCCUAAGAAAUUUUCCAUUUCCAGCCCUAUUGCGUUAACUGCUACGGAUCGAAGUUCGGAGUCCAUGGAGUGCGUGGUUCGACGGCCAACUCGAUGCCGGCUACAGUUGUCCCUUUGGUCUAGUUAAUUUCAUUACCUUCAUUUCUAGGACAUAACAUUUUAUUUCGUUUUUAAAUUUUGAGAAGAACAGUGAUCUCAAGUUUUUUUUGCUAGGGUUCUCACUGAUAAUGUGAAUUAUAUUUAGUUCACCUAACUCCUUUGUUAUGAUUAUGAUUUCCCGCAGCAACAGCCUGUGCCAUAUCUCCAGUUGAUAGAAAUAUUUCAAAAAAUUUCCCAUUUUGAUUUUUAGAGAUUUUCCAACAAAAUCACAAUGACGUCUUGUUUUUUGUUCCAACCCAGCAAUGAAUCAAAUCUUCACAUUCACCAAUUCUAAUCUUCAAUAGGUCUUCAGGCCGCCUAUGGAGACAACUCGAAAAGCGUCUUUACUAAUUCAAUUUCAUAUGGACCUCAGCGAGCAGCCAUCCAAAAAGUCCAGGUAGUUGUUUCCUAAGCUUUUCUUUAUUUCCGUUCAUUUAUUCAGAUACGUCCUGUGGAAGCUCGAAAAGAAGAAAAGGAAGUUAUCAACGACUUGCAACUUUGUGAGUUUUUUUUUCAUAAGUUUAUUUUCAAGUUUUUCAGUUUACAAACCCAGCCAAAAAGUGAAUACAGAAGCCAAUAUUGAGCCUCCAAAGUGCUCACCGCCAGAAAUCCCACAAGAACUUUCUAAUGUAAGUUUUUUUCGUUCAAAUCAAGAAAAAUUUUUUUCAAAAGCCUUUAAUACGAUUUUGAAAAAAAGAAAAAGCCCAGAAGUACAAGCUAUUGCAUGACGAAAAAAAUCCGCAAGAUGACAGUUAAAAAAAUAUUUUUGUUUCUAACCUGAUUUAAACUUCGAACAACUGUGAAGUUAGUUUUAAAGCACUCAAAAAAAUAAAUAUAACGACUGGACUGCGCUCUGAGAAUUCUGUGCAAAAACUUUUUAAAUUUUUUAAUAUUAAGACUUUUUUUCGGAAGUCGUUUCAUAAAAAAAUUUGUCUAAUUUAACACUUUCAUAGCAAGAAAAAAACUACAGAAACGUCGGAACCUCUCCUUUUUUUUUACAAUGUCUUGUGAUCUUCAUGAAGACUCCCUUAAAUAUUGCCUGACAGUAAAUGCAGUUUCCCUUUACACUCUGGAACUUUCUGAAAAACUAUUCUAAAACUUUCCGAUGCUCAAAUUUCUGGAUAGUUCGCAAAAGGUGUGCCACAAAAAAAUUCAGAGAAAAAUUAUCGAAAAAUUUCAGACUAGAGAACUAAUCGGGCGCGGGGACGCUUAUCCAGUUAUAAUUUUGGUGGCUUAUAGGCCUGGGUUGACGUUUUUGGAAACAAGCAAUAUCAUAUGCAAAGUCCCAUAGACUUCCAGAGAUAAUAUCCUCGAAAAAAUUAAAGAAGAGCCCUGUACGCGCCUACACCUUGUUUUUUUUUUUUUUACCAAAGUGGCCUGUAGAUUGAGGGCUAGUCUCAUGAGCGACUUUUCGAAUAAGUUCGACUCCUGUCGAGUGUAAACUUUUUUCUGAAUUUACCUUAACGACAAGUUUUUUUGUAAAAGUACAAAAUUCGAAAAGAUUUAAGUUUUAUCAAGGACUUUUUUUUACUUAUUUGAAACUUUUCGGAGGACUAAUUGAAUAAAGAAAAAUAAAGAAAAAAGUAGCGUCAUUUUCAUGUUUUUUAAAAAACUUUUUCAAAGAUUUAAAGAAAAGUGCAAAAAAGAUCUGCAAUCAGCGCAAAUGGAGCCAUAUCAAAAAAUCAAUCAUAAGACUGGUUCUCAAGCCAUUGUGCCAGGUUAUCUCGGUGGAUUGCCCAUGUCUAUAAUACAUCAAAAUUAUCACUUUUCACGCUACACUGAGCCCGAUUAGCUACCUAAUGAGCGUAUUUUCUCACUUCAAAGUUGUUUUUCUUUUAUUGAUUCUUCUUUCAAUGCAUCAGGCCCCAUUGCGGCUGCUCUUAUCUGGACAACUUGUUUUUGAAGAAAAUUUCUGCGGGAGUUUUCGUACUGGCUCUCCUUCCAUGGGAAAAAUUCUGAAUUUCGUGCGUUUUCCGUUGGCCCGGCUGCAGAGAAAGCGAUGUCGUCUGCAAAAGGCGCGACGCGGCUCGCGUCCUUUUGUUGCGACGUAUCGACGCUCCAUUGAACCGACUCGUCGUCUGCACUCUCUCACCAACUUAUCUUUCAUGGUUUUCUCCCUUUCAUACGACCUUUAUUUUAUUAAAGCUCCCACUAACAAUUUUUCUAUUAUUUCUUCAUAAUUUGAUAUAUUUAUGUUUCAACAUUGCUGCUAAUUAGGUUUUUUCUGAAAUAUCGCAUCAUAAUUAUUUUUGAGGAUCUUUUUGGCAAUUGGAUUUUUUUAUCCGAGUAUUAUAUUCAGUGUGGUUGAAAUCAUCGAAGAAUUCCUUCAGAAUUUUCUAAACUUAUUCUUAUUGCACGUAAAGAGCUCUACCAAAUCGAGUAAAGAGUAUAAAUGAAAAAUGUCUUUUUAAAACUUUUUAACUUCAAUAAUCAAUAACUUCUUCACUUUUCAAUUUAUUCAUAAUAAGUUUUUUGUUCUUAUUUGUUACACUUUCUGCCCUUUUUUUCUACGUUCACUGAAAGCCUUCAACUUUGGGAACAAUAUGAUUUUUUUUGAACUCCUAUCGACUUUCUCUCUUUAUUAAUAGUUGCAGGCUAGAUAGUUAGAAAUAGCGUACACAGACACUGUAAGUUUGCUUUUACAAUUGGAAAUAUAUUAUUAAAGGCUUAAAAUCUUUUAUUAAGUGGAACUGGAUUUACUCAGACAUCUGUGGGAUAGUUUUUCGCUUUCGAGAGAUUUUCUUCUUGAACUUUUAUUUUCAAAAUAGAGUUCGACACAUUGAAAAAAAUUAGAAGGUUUUUUUCAAAUUUUGGUUUGAUUCGUGCAUUUUACGAAUUUUAUAUGCGCGCCAAAGGUAUACUGUAUGAGACGCGGCGCUCUCGCAGCCAAAUAUUAUAAAGUGCAGUAGCAUAAUUCCUUGAGAGCUACCUAGAAACUGUGCGCCAAUCGCCUAAUGGGCAAGCUCAAUCUGUCUCACUUUGUGGAAAAUCAAAACUUCUGUGCAGAAAUAUAAAUGUUACGGUUAUUUUCACUAAAUUUUUUUUUUCCUUUUUUACUUCAUUUUUUAUAUCUAUUCUACUAUAGCUUUAAAAAUAUGCUCUGUGGUGAACCGUUUUUUUUUUUUGAAUAUUUUUGUCGGGACUGUAUGAAGGAACUGAAAAAGGCCACACUUAAAAACGACAUAUAAUAGGCUCCUAUUAACAUUUUUUUUCAAAUGGAGCCAUUUCUUCUCCUUUUCAUAAAAGUGACAGAUAUGUUCAAUCUAGAUACAAGAAGGUUUUCAUAUUUUCCGAAUUCAUAUUUUUUCCUGUUUCGAUUUAAUCGAUCUUCUACUGGUAACGUCCAUUCACAGUUCAAUACUAGUUUUGAAACUUGAACUACGGUUGGACACUCUGAAAAAUUGUAAGAGACUUUAAAAAAAAAAAGAAAUCGCGCCUUUUUCUUACAGUAUAUCCUCAAACCGAUACAAAUUUUCUUUUUUCCCACACCCGGCUUGUUUGUUUUAGGGCGCAGACUCCGAAAGGCGUGCCAUCUUUUUUUUGGUUACCGUGUUUGUUACAGUAUCUAUUCAAGCUGAUUCAAUUUAUCUUUGUUGCAAUCAAUUUUCUUACUCGUUUAAGAGGACAAUUUCUAAAAAAAGGCCCACCUACCGGCUUUUUGCCGACGCGUUCAAAGGAGCGGGGCAUUUCAUUCCUCUUUCUUCGGACCUACCAGAAUUUCAAUACGGCUCGUGGCUGCGUUUUUCUUUUCAAAUUUCUUAUUGACUUGUCGCAAUUUCAGCAGACUUAUAUUCUUUUUUUUUGGAAGUCUGAGUGAAACAAAAAAAUAUAACCACUAUCCUAUAAGCGCUGAAACUAGAAAUAAUUGUUUGCUUUAAAUUUUGAAAAGAAAAUAAUUUCGUGAUAAAAAUUCUCUAAAUUUUAUCUGAAUUUCUCGAAAUUUCACAAUGAUUUCAUUAACCGUUCAUCUGAUUUUAGGCCGUCAGAGUGUGUUUGAGCGAGCUCAUAGAAAAUCCCAAAAAAGAACAGUAGAAAGACUCCCAAUGAGAGAAAAUUUUGAAAACAACUCGUUGCCAUCGGCAACGCAUCAAAAUGGACAUUUUGGAAGAAAAAUAAAUAUGUAGGCUAUUUGCUUCUCUGCUCAUAGGUAUAAAAAAGGUUUGCAAAAAAAGGUUCUUGUAAUUUUUUUUUAUGAAAAAAAGGAAUAGACUUGAAUUUUUCCGUUCCGCAAAAAAAUUAAUUACCAUUUCAAUCUUAUCUCGUCAACCGGAUAACAUUUUUUUCACUAAAACAUACGUUUUUCUCAUUUACAGAUUGCUCGAUCCUUGAAAAAUUUUGAAAUCAAUCGCUCGGAAGCAGUCAUCUGCAACAGAUGCCACAGAUGCUACGAUACUGUUUAUUUUGCCGAGAAAGUUGUAGUCGGUGGUCUGGUGAGACGCACAGGAUUCGAACAAAAGAGAAAAAUUAAAAAUAUUCUAGAUGUGGCAUAAACGAUGCUUUAGAUGUUCACUUUGUGAGAAAGGACUUGAUCAAGGCUCCGUCUGUGAAACAAAGGGGGCUGUAUUCUGUAAAGGUACUUGCAAUACUCCUAGAUCAUCAAUUUUCUUUCCACGUGAAAAAAGAAAACAUUCCAAAUUUUUAGGUUGCUACGCAAAGCAAAAUGGUCCAAAAGGAUAUGGAAGGAUUGCAGUUGCCGGACCUUAG